GUUCUGCCCCAAAACAUGGCGACAGAGAUCUUCGAAAAGUGCUGAAUUCUCGCCACAUUUCGACAAAAUCGCGAAGGUUUGGAUUGAGAUCUCUUGUGUAUCUCACUAGUUCUUGCAGUAGCUGAUGGUCAGUAUGGGCCGAACGGCACUGAAAGAUCAGAAAGACGGUAAGAAAGAUAAGACAGGCAGGAGUAUGUCUCUAACGGGUCCUGGACCAGUCAAAGCGGUUGACUCAUUCUCAUGGGAGGAGUAUUUAAAGGAGACGUCUGCUACUCCCGCCCCUCCCAGCUGCUUCAAACAGUCUCGCAUUCCUCCAUCUAAUGAUUUCAAGGCUGGAAUGAAGCUUGAAGCUCGGGACCCUCGUAACUCCACCUCCACCUGUAUCGCCACGGUGAUGGGCAUGAUGGGCGUGAGGCUCCGCCUGCGGCUGGACGGCAGCGACAACACCAAUGACUUCUGGCGAUUGGUCGACUCUGCCGACAUCCAGCCAAUCGGAACCUGCGAGAAGAACGGAGACAUGCUGCAGCCGCCACUGGGCUUCAGGAUGAACGCCUCGUCGUGGCCCAUGUUCCUCCUCAGGACUCUGAAUGGAGCUGAAAUGGCUCCCGCAACAGCAUUUAAAAAGGAGCCCCUGCGUGCCCCUCAGAACGGCUUCAAGCCCGGCAUGAAGUUAGAAGCUGUGGACAAGAAGAAUCCGUACCUGAUCUGUCCGGCCACCAUCGGUGAGGUGAAGGGCGAUGAGGUCUUUGUGAUGUUCGAUGGCUGGAGGGGGGCGUUUGACUACUGGUGUCGGUACGACUCGAGAGACAUCUUUCCUGUGGGCUGGUGCGGUGUGACCAAACACAGCCUGCAGCCACCCGGAAACAGCAUCACCAUCCCGAAGCCUCUUCCUGCACCAUCCUCUUCCUUCUCAAACUCUAAACCGGCGCGGCGCGCCAUGCAUUCUCCGUACCGUCUGUCCAUGCCUCUCCCUCAGCUCCCCGUGCGGAAGGGCAUCAGGGGACGCCGGCCCAAGAGCGAGACCAUCGCGCUUCUGAAAGCCCUCGCGGCGUCCACCGCCUCCCAGGACACCGAUGCAUCCGUUAGCGUCACACCCCAAACCACGCCCGUCACCCAGCUCGCCCCACGCCUGUACAAGAAGAGAGGACCCAAACCAGGCAGCAAGAGGAAGGCCAGAAUGUUUCCCAGCUCGAUGUGUCUAGCAGCGACGUCAGACUCCAGAGCCCCCACGUCUCAGAUGUCCACCGAUGGACCGGUGGGUUCCCCCUCAUCUGUGGUUUCUACCGUGUGUGUGUAUGUGAACAAACACGGGAACUGUGGCCCACAUUUGGACCGAAAGCAGGUUCAGAGACUCCCGGAUCACUUCGGGCCGGAGGCGGUGAAUCUGGUUCUCCAGCAGACGGUCCAGGCCUGUCUGGACUGCGCGUACCAGCCCAAAGUGCUUCUGGGAUGCCUGCAGAGUCAAGGAGGAGGAGGAGAGGUGGUCAGAGUGCGCACAGAUGGAGGAACGCGGCUGGUGAAACUUCCAUCAGCGUCCAGCGCCGCAUUCGUCUUACGUUUACUGGAGCUGGUGUGUCGACACCUGCAGUGUGAUAAUCUGUUCAGCAGUCAACCCUUCAGUCCACACAACACCUACGAGCGUGCUAAAUCAGUUAAAGAGGAGCUGCUGUCAGACGCCGCCUGUCUGAACAGAGGAGUGAAGCGGAUCUCCAGAGAUUCUCCUCCGUACAGCGCUCCUCUGUCUCCAAAGCUCCUGCACACAGACACACAUCCAUCAGAAGCUGGGACUCUUCCCCCAGAGGAAAAUGGAUUAGUGAAGGAACAGAGCUUCAUGGACUCCGCCUCCAAUUCCAUGACGCCCCGCCUCCAGACCUUGAGAAGCACCUCGGAAUAUCAGUCGUCACCCACCAGCCCGUAUUACCAUGGCAACGGUCCACCCCUGCGACGACAGGCCUCCAACCCCCCAACACAGACACACAGACGAGUAGAGGCAGCCAGCUCUACCACAGGUCCUGAUGCUGGAGGUGAUCGUGAUGCUUCGAGGGCUCCGGGCAGAGCUCCGUCCUCCUGGUCUAUAGAGGAAGUGAUGCAGUUUGUGCGAGACGCAGACCCCACAGCUCUGGCCCCGCAUGCUGAACUCUUCCGCAAACACGAGAUCGAUGGGAAAGCCCUGAUGUUACUGCGCAGCGACAUGGUGAUGAAGUACAUGGGUCUGAAACUCGGACCUGCGCUCAAACUCUGCCAUCACAUCGAGAGACUCAAGCAAGGCAAACAGUGAACACACACACAUUGCCAGAGCAGAGGGGCUGAUGGGAAAUCACUGUGUAACACUACACUGCUGGAUGAAGGACACGUGAAUCCCUCUCUCUCCUCAGAGGAACAUUCAUAUAUAAACGUCUGUGAAGAUCCGAGUAUAUGCGAUAUAGGAAUCGACCGCCAGACAGAGUCGCUUGUGGACGCGCUACAGGCCGAUUAUGGCAUUGAAAGUCUGUGUAGGAAGUUCAAUUGUGUCUACCUCCCUGUGAUGUCAUCAUCCCGCGCCACAGGAACUCUGAUAUCAAACCCACUGAAAAUGUUCUGCCUUUUGGUUUGUUUUAAAAUCACCAUCGAGUCACGUUUAAGCAUUUCGUAUCUCAGUCUGAAAUCGUAAGGAGUUAUUUCUCCCCCUCAUGUCCCAGAUAGCACAAUCCAUCUGGCUUACAUCUAUUUGACAUCUGCAUUUACAUCUGCAAGAUAUCUGCAAUAUGUAGCUUGCUCAUCUGCAAUAUGUCUCGGAGACGUCUGAAAUCUGUAAAGUCUGUAAUAUGGAAAGUCUGUAAUAUGUCUGCUAAAGAUCUGGAGAUCUACUGCGUUAAAACAUCUGCUAAACAUCUUAGAAAGAGCAGCUUUACAUCCAGUCUAAAUCACAAACAUCUCACAGACAUCUUCUAGAUGUCUAUAUGACGUCUGACCGCAGACAUCUCCGAGACGUAUUGCAGGUGAGCAAACUAUGUAUUGUAGAUGUCUUGCAGACAUCAAAAAGACGUAAACCAGAUGUAUGUUUGACUUCAUCUGCAUUUUGAUUAUACUUGUGAAGCACAUGAACGCAAAAAUGUUUUGUGUUUGAAAUGACAUGAGGGUGAAACGUGAUGACUGAACUUUAUUCACCCUGUUUAAUAAUAUGUGAAAGGACUUCUGGUGGAAAGUUUCAGAUUGUAAGUGCGGUUUUCUCUUUAUGUUUUAAAAACUUUACAAAUAUUGUAAAAUAUAUAAACAGGGUUUAUCCAAGCAGAUUAGCAAAGAACAUCACUUGUGUAAUGCAGAUGGCUGCUGUGAAAACCCUCAGACUGUCUUCUAGAAAUCUUUCUGUUAUAGAUCGAAUAUAUGUUUAUAAUGCCAGCUAGCACAGGUACGUCUGUAAAACGUCUGCUGGAGAUCUAGAAAACAUCUGCUGUGUAAAAACAUCUGCUAAACAUCUUAGAAAGAACAGUUUUACAUCCAUUCUAAAACACAAACAUCCUACAGACAUCUUCUAGUUCUCUAUAUGACAUAUGACAGCAGAAGUCUCCGAGACGUAUUGCAGAUGUAAAUGCAGACAUCAAAUAGACUUCUGCCAGGUUGAGUGUGCUAUCAGGGUUGUUUAUUUCUCCGUCUUUAAGUGUCACGAGGAUCUCUGCUCCAGAACAUUCGGCUGAGUUUUUCAGAUAACGUUGUUUGAGUUGGCUUCCCUUACGUUUCAGAAACUCGACUUCUGUUCGAGUGGAAUGUUCCAGCGUGUUACCCGUCAGACGUCCUCUCCAGAUUAAACAGUAUUUUAAACCCUGUACGACAACAUGUGAUGCAGAAAUGAACGCGUUCAACAUCACAAGAAAAAGAGUGAUCAUGGAUUUUAAAAUGUCAAUUUUAAAAAGCACAGCUGAGACGUGUCAUUGAAAUGUCUCUUCAAUGGGCAAACAUGACGUAAUACGACUGCCGUUGGAAACGUUAAGUUUCUUGCCGUCUCUUCAAGUCUCUGUCAUUUUCUUGGGUAAGAGGAGACCUCAGUGGUGUUUUAUGGGUUUCACCAUAAACCUCAGCAACAGAAUGUACAUUUUUGUAGAGAAGAAAUAUUUUAAACUACACGCGUUAUAUAGGGUGGGGCAUGUGAAGAUGCUUUUUGUCGGUGGGUGGGGUGGGCGGCUUUACGUGGGUCUUGUUGUUAAAUACUGCCUUCCCAUGCUUUUUACUGGGAGGACUCGUUCGUUUUAAAGAACUACAUUUGAAUUCUGCUUUACUUCACACUUCUCAGGUUUCAUCUUUUGUAACGUAGCAUUUCAAAUUAGCAGUGAUUGUGAGGUCUGUACUUUCAGUUUCCCUGUUUUAUUUUUGGUAAAGAACAUGCAUUGUUGUAAUAUUGUGCCAUAUAGUUCCUCUCAUGUAUGAAUACCAAUGCUAGACAAAAACACAGGUCAAGAAGACAUCACACUUGGUACCGAUGAUAUUUUUAAUCAUGACGUUUUUAAAGAUAAUGCAUUCUUCACGUACACAUUUUCCACAUUUUAAAGGAUACAAGUAAUAAAUAAAUAAUUUAAACACGA